AUGGCCUAUAUAUUACCUUAGAUCGCAAAUUCCGUGGCAGUGCGUUUUUGACACCAAACUGGUCUAGUGCGUCUCCGUCGAUAUGAAAUUCCUCGCGAUCUCGUGUCUCCUUGCCUUCUCGGCACGUGUUAAUGCUGAUGACUUGGGUUUGGGAGGUCUGGGCGCAGGCCUCGUUUACGCCCCAAAACACGCUUCAGUAGAUUAUUAUGCGUAUCCACGAUAUGCCUUUGAAUACGCAGUGAAAGACCCCCACACAGGAGAUAAUAAAGCGCAAUGGGAAAAACGGGACGGAGACGUCGUUAAAGGUGCAUAUUCAUUGGUGGAACCGGACGGCAGCCUGCGCGUGGUAGAAUACUAUGCCGACGACAAAUCAGGUUUCAACGCGGUGGUCAAACGCCUCGGGCCAAACUUGCACCCGGUGGCCCCAGUCGUGGCCCCUAUAUACAAGGCCCCGAUCCCUGUGCUGAGUAGCGGGGCUAUAGCUCCCAUCUCUGUAGGCCCCAUCUCGAAAUACGGUGGACUAGCAAAUGCCCCACUUAUAACUGGACCUGGGAUAUACAAAGGAGGAGUUUCAACCGCAUCGAUCAUCAAUCACGGGGCUUCAGUAGCACCUAUCCUACCAGCGCCGAUCGCGCCAAUCGUCAAAGCACCUAUAUUAUCAGCGCCUAUAUUACCAGCCCCCAUCUAUAAAACCCCUAUUGCCCCAAUCUUGUCAGCUCCGAUCUACAAAGAAAAUAUAUUGCCAGUGCCAAUCUACAAAGAACCUGUAUUGCCAGCUCCAAUCUACAAAGAACCGAUACUGCCAGGCCCAGUUCUAUCAAACCCAUAUUUAGGAGGACCGGUCUACAAAUCAGCCCCAAUAUUGAACGCUCCAGGACCCAUAAUUUCGCCACUCCUAGGAUAUAAUUCUCUCGGUCUGGGAGGUUUGGACAAAGGCUCAAUAUUGUCAUCUGCUGCCCUGUAUAAUGACCUUGGACUGGUUGGCAAAGGUCCUCUUGUACCAGCGUUGGGACCUUGGGACUUGGGACUGGGGUACAAGCAAUGAUUUAUGUGCCAUGAGUCGAGGACCGAAAACCCUGUAAAUCAAAGGCCGCCGUCCAUUUACUAUGCCAUGUUCUAUCGCUUGAAUUAGCUAUUGCCUGCUAAGAUAAGGUUACUUAUAAGAUAAGUAUUUAAUAUUUAUGUAAAUACUCAUUAUGUUGAAGAUAGCACAAAUAUAGCAUACGCCACUAUGUGGUGAUUUA